CCGAGCGUACGGGAUUUGAGACGCUCGCUGGCUGGCUCACCCAAAAAAAAAGAGACGUCACAGGCCCAAAAAUUUCUUUUCGAUACUUUAGUUGAUUGAAAGCUUCCAUUGCAUUAGAAAUCAAUCAUGAGUCAAAACACUGAUUCCAUCGAAAAGGGAACUUCUAAGCUCUCGUUGAAUCCCAACGCCAACGAAUGGAAGCCUAGCUUCAGUGCUACCGAAUUCGUCCCCAGCUGGAUGCAAAAGCCUGCAGCUCCUGCUGCUGCACCCGCCGCCACUGCUGCUGCUCCUGCCAAGGUUCUUAGUAUUGGAACUCCUAGCAACGAUGCCUCUGUUAAGACCGAAGCACCCAAGGUCAUCAGCAUUGGUUCGUCCGCACCAAAAGCCGAAGAGGCAAACCCCGCCAAGGUCGAGUCUCCCAAGCCUGAAGCUCCCAAGCCUGCUGAAAAGAAGCCUGAUUCUAAGCCUGCUUCUCGAUCCGCAACCCCCAAGCCUACAAAGAAAGCAGAAGAAGCUGCUAAGCCCGAGGAAGUUGCCAACGUCGAGGAAGACCUGGAAGCUGUUGACGAUGAGGUACUCGAAGAUUUGUAUGGCAAAGAGCAUUUGAACGUUGUCUUCAUGGGUCACGUCGAUGCCGGAAAGUCCACCAUGGGUGGUAAUAUUCUUUUCUUGACUGGAAUGGUUGAUAAGCGUACCAUGGAAAAGUAUGAAAAGGAAGCCAAGGAAGCUGGUCGUGAGUCCUGGUACUUGUCAUGGGCUCUUGACACCAACACCGAAGAGAGAGCAAAGGGUAAGACCGUCGAGUGUGGUCGCGCCUACUUUGAAACUGACAAGCGUAGAUACACUAUUCUUGAUGCCCCAGGACACAAGAACUAUGUUCCUAGCAUGAUCAGUGGAGCUUCACAGGCUGAUGUUGGUGUCCUUGUCAUCUCUGCUCGUAAGGGUGAAUUCGAAACCGGUUACGAACGUGGUGGUCAAACUCGUGAGCACACUAUGCUUGCUAAGACCUCUGGUAUCAACAAGCUCAUUGUCGUUGUUAACAAGAUGGAUGACCCUACCGUCAACUGGGAUAAGGAAAGAUACGACGAAAUUGUCAGCAAGUUCGGACCCUUCUUGAAGGGUACUGGUUACAACCCCAAGACUGAUGUUACAUGGAUGCCAGUCUCUGGUUACACUGGUGCCAACAUCAAGGAGAGAUCCAAAGCCUGCACCUGGUACAACGGCCCAUCUCUUCUUGAGUUCCUUGACAACAUGCAAACUGUCGAUAGAAAGAUUAAUGCCCCACUUAUGAUGCCUAUUAAUGAGAAGUACAAGGAUAUGGGUACCAUUGUUGUCGGUAAGGUUGAAUCUGGCAAGGUCAAGAAGGGACAAUCUAUUAUGCUCAUGCCCAACAAGCGUGUUUGCGAAGUUAGUGCCAUCUUCAACGAGACCGAGGAUGAAGUUGAGCAUGCCAUCUGCGGUGACAACAUUAGACUGCGUCUCAAGAACGUUGAAGAAGAUGAAAUUUCAAACGGUUUCGUCGUCUGUGAUAUGAAGAAGCCUGUCAAGACUACCAACGUCUUCGAAGCUCAACUCGCCAUUCUCGACCACAAGAACAUUAUCUGCGCUGGUUACACUGCUGUCCUUCAUAUCCACACUGGUAUUGAAGAGAUCACUCUUUCCGCUCUUCUUCACUUGAUUGAUAAAAAGACUGGUAGAAGAACCAAGCGUCCACCUCAGUUCGUCAAGCAAGGCCAGAAGGUCAUUGCCAGAAUUGAGACUGCUCAGCCUGUGUGCGUUGAGACCUUUGAAGAUUAUCCUCAACUUGGCCGUUUCACUGUCCGUGAUGAAGGUAAAACCAUUGCCAUUGGUAAGGUUACCAAGGUUCUUGACCCCACCGCCUAAGCAAAGCGAAAUGUCUUGUUCUCCAAUAUACUUCCACCGCAUUCCAUCAUUUUGAAAGAGAUACAAACGUAAAGAUGUUAAACUAUUUUUAUUGAAUUCUACACUCAUUAUCUUCUCUUUGUAUCUUCUUUUACCCGAGC